CUCAAUUGUAUGGUUUUGUCAACUAAGAUUCCACCUUAAUUUCAAUCAUGAAAUACCUCGUCGCAGUUAUACUUCUAAUACAAGCCGUUGCUAGAAUUCCUCAGACUUGGUCUGCUGAGCAAUACGAUGCUGACCCUGAUAUGGUGAACGUGGAAGUCGGCUCCCCCGAUGUGAUAGAUAUUAAGUUAUCAAUUGAUCGAAUAGCUCGAGGAUACCACGGAAUCAGUGGAUAUUUUGAUAUUAAGCAGGACAUCGAUACUGACCAGGUCUUAAUGCACGCUAAAAUUUACAGAAGCUAUAACAGGAAUAAAUACCAAAAUGCUGUGGCAGCCUUCGAAAUAAGGAACCAAACGCUUACGUCCUUUUUAAAUAAGGCCUUCAAACAAUACGUUUACGAUGACGCCCAAAACUGCUGCACCAAUGUUCCGCAAUACGAAACGUUUGAAUCGCCUUUGACGAAACGUUAUAUCGAAUGCACAAAGUGCAGAUUUUCCACCGAAAAGUGGCCAAAUCAUUUAAAAAAUGAACUUUACACCGUUGCAUUUAUGUUCCAUGGAAAUGUUAACUUCAAUUUAAAUGUGACAUUCCUAGUGGAACCUCCUAGAUACUAGUGUCCCAACAUUUUCGCCGUCACGCAUAGAAACGUUGUUGGCAAUGACAUUUUUUUCAUGUAGUUUUAAAGCCGCGGCAAGUAUGCAAUAAAUAUUUUUUAAUAUUCUUUGGAGCAGGAA